GACAGGUUAUUUGGCAUUCCUCGCUCGCAUUCUGAUUCGUCGCGACCGCCCACUCGCAUGUGUAACUGACCCUUCAGAUCUACGGCGUCACAUCACCUGCUAGACCGAUUCAAGCAACCAACAAGGCAGAUGCAAAACAUGAAAUACCUCAAUUGAUGAAAGAAAUGAGCGCAAUUUAUGAAUGCUCACCACAAUUCGGAUACAAUGCCGAAGGAAAGGAUGGACUAAUUACAUGUCAGAUAUCACAACGAGUUAAAGCGCAUGCAUGUCUCAUGUUAAUGGCAUGGGGAUUCUGUUGCCCAAAUGGAAUGCUGGCUGUCAGGCACUUCAAACUUGCGUGGCCUGGAAGAACAUUUAGACACUGGAAGUAUUGGUUUAAUUUGCACCUUGGAUUUCAAGCAUCAUUAGUAGCCCUUGUUGUCAUUGGUCUUAUGACAAUGGUUGUUCAUUUAGCGGAUUAUUCCAAACUAAAAACGUUUCCUUUCGCGGCACAUCCUCUGCUGGGAUUUGUAACCUUUACUCUGACAGUGUCCAAUCCAUUCAUUUCAUGGUUUGUUAUCACGUCUACAGAAAGGAGACGCGCUGUGCUUCGGUCUGUGCAUCAAUACGUUGGACUGGCUUCUCAUCUGCUUGCAGUCGUCUGCAUUUUUAUUGGUUUCAGUCUUCCAAAAAUGAGUCAAGGCCGGUGUUUUUCAACUUUGUUCUCAUCUAUGUACAUGACCACGGUAGUUAUUUAUGCCGUAACAGAAAUAGCCCUUGAGUUUAUCGGAUAUGCAAUAUUGGGCAAAAUAAAAGUGUUGGAACGAAAAUUUCAACCCCUUUCACUGGAUGCCGGGGUGAUGUUGAACCAGGUAUUCGAAGUUUCGAGACACAAAAAGCAGAAGCUAUUGGAGCUUCUACCGGAAAAAAAUACUGAAGAUACUGUAGUGGUGCAGAAGUAUGUCCGUUCAAUUCAUGCGAUGAACGCACUUCGAAUCACUAAAGUCGCAUAUUGGAUCUACACGUGGCUUUCUUUUUGGGAUAAAUUUACAUUUUUUCACGCUAAACCGUCACAAAAAUAAUCUCGAAAUGCCGCUCUUACUGAUGAUUAAUACUUGCCUAUAUACUUUCUCCUUCAGCUACGAGUGUCCAAAUAUUUCUUGUACGCCAUCCACCUUGCUCUCAGCUUUGGCCUAACUUUCAUUCUUAUAUUGCUGAUAGCAUAUUUAUAACUGUUGAGAGCAACAUGUACCAGUCGUAACAGUUUUGCCGCUUUUGU